AUGGGCCGCUCUCUGCUGUUCGGAGUUCUUCAUCGCUCAAAUUCCUUACCUUCCAAUUACGCCGCUUUCGCGUCUCUCGCUAUCGCCCACCCUCGCAAUUUCACCAGCAAUGGAGCUUCUCAGGACCCAUCAACCUUUCCCACAUCAAUCAGUGGAGCUUUGGACCAAUUCCAUGACGGGAGGAAAAACCUCACCCCGCAACUUCCACCCGACGAAACGAUCAUCAGAAACACUGACAAAGUCUGCAAAUUGCUGUCCAAAGAGUCCAACAACCCCAACAACUUGGAGAGGUUGCUCGACGAGGCAUCAAUACAGGAGCUCUCGCCGACUCUGGCGCUGGAGGUAUUGAAGCGGCUGAGCAACGCAGGCGUUCUCGCGCUAUCGUUCUUCAGGUGGGCGGAGAAGCAGAAAGAGUUUCAUCACAGCACGGAGAGCUACAAUGUGCUGAUCGAGUCUCUGGGUAAGAUCAAGCAGUUCAAGCUGGUUUGGACUCUGGUCGAUGAUAUGAAGCGCCGAGGGUUGUUGAGUAAAGAGACGUUUGCCCUGAUUUCGAGGAGGUACGCGCGAGCCAAGAGGGUGAAAGAAGCAAUCGAUGCAUUUGAGAAGAUGGGCAAGUACGGGUUCAAGAUGGAAUCCUCCGACUUCAAUCGGUUGCUCGACACGCUGUGCAAGUCGAGACAGGUGGAGAGUGCACACGAGGUGUUCGACAAAAUGAAGAAGAGAAGGUUCAAACCUGAUAUCAAGUCGUACACGAUAUUGCUGGAAGGCUGGUGCCAGGAGAAGAAUUUACUGAGGUUGAAUGAAGUUUACAUGGAGAUGAAAGACGAAGGGCUUGAUCCAGAUGUUGUUACCUACAGCAUUCUUCUGAAUGCGUAUUGCAAAGUCGGCAAAUAUAGCGAGGCGAUCAAUUUGUUCCACGACAUGGAAUCGAAGAACUGCAACCCGAAUCCUCACAUCUUCUGCACAUUGAUCAAUGGGCUGGGGUCAGUGAAGAGACUGAAGGAAGCGAUAGAGUUCUUCGAGAGGUCGAAAGCUUGUGGGUUUGCUCCAGAGGCACCUACAUACAACGCUGUCAUCGGGGCAUACUGCUGGUCGUUGAAGAUCGAUGAUGCUUUCAGGACAGUUGAUGAGAUGAGGAGGAGUGGGGUUGGUCCGAAUUCGAGAACUUAUGAUAUAAUUCUUCACCAUUUGGUGAAGAAUCGAAGAACAGAAGCGGCAUACUCUGUGUUCCAGAGGAUGCGAAGCGAGGCUGGAUGCGAGCCAACGUUGAGUACGUACGAGAUUGUGGUGCGGAUGUUCUGUAAUGAGGAUAAGCUAGAUAUGGCAGUGGAGGUUUGGAACCAGAUGAAGGGCAGAGGUAUUCUUCCUGGCAUGCAUAUGUUCUCUAAAUUGAUAACCACCUUCUGCCAGAACGGGAAGGUGGACGAUGCUUGCAAGUACUUCCAGGAAAUGCUGGAUGUUGGUAUUCGGCCUCCUGCAGCAUUGUUCAGCAAUCUCAAGGAGACUCUUGUGGAGAACGGUCAUAAGGUCACUGCUUCGAAUCUAGCAGAAAAGAUGCGCAAGCUCAGGAAAACGCCUUUGGAUGCAUCACUGCUCACACCAACAACAGACUGA